GAGCAGAUACAUACCUCAAGUAAACUGACAGUGUAUCGGAGCUGGGGGCCUGGCGUGAUUAACUUCUUAGUUCUUCAUUACGCAACAACCUGUUUUGUACGAACGCGAAAGGACGUACAAUCUAGAUCGGCUUCGCUCGACCGGCACGAAACGCGACAAAAAGCCGAUCCGCACCAAAUGAUCCUAGUCAGUACUAGCUUAGCCUGCGGACCGCCAGCAUCGUCGAGCUUAUUAUCUCCACACAAACAAUCCAAAGGGGACACAUCCAAGCAUGAACGCCUCUAUACUUAGAUCAAUCUUCCGCGAAAUACCAAAAAAAUUGACGCAAACACGAGGAAUACAUUUGUGUACGUCAAGACUCGAUCAUUGCCCAGCCCCUUUGACGCAUUUUACAGAUGAUGAACUCAUGAUGAAAGAAACUGUCGCUAAACUGGCUAAAGAGGAAAUUGCUCCACAUGUUAAAAAAAUGGACAAAGAGGGGAAAAUAGAUGAUAACGUUUUGAAAAUACUGUUUGAAAACGGCUUAAUGGGUCUCGAAAUUCCGACAGAUUUAGGCGGAGCAGGCUGUAAUUUUAUGAGUACCAUUUUAAGCGUUGAAGAAGUUGCAAAAGUCGAUGGAUCUGUGGCUGCACUUGUCGAUAUACAUAAUACACUUGUGAACUCAUUAAUAAUUAAAGUUGCAUCCGAGGAUCAAAAGAAAACUUAUUUACCAAAAUUAGCACAAAAUUACGCUGGCAGUUUUUGUUUAACGGAACCUGGUUCGGGAUCAGACGCUUUUUCUCUCAAGAGAAGCAAAAAAAAUGGUUCUGAUUACAUCAUAAAUGGAACAAAAAUGUGGAUUUCGAAUUCCGACAUUGCGGGAGUGUUUUUGGUUUUUGCUAAUGCGAACCCUUCCGCAGGAUACCGCGGCAUCACAACUUUCUUCGUGGAUCGUGACACGCCUGGUUUGACAGUUAACAAACCGGAAGACAAAUUAGGCAUUAAAGCAAGUGGAACUUGUAUGAUUAAUUUUGACAAUGUUAGAGUACCUGAAAGUAACAUUUUGGGUGAGUUUGGUCAUGGAUACAAAUAUGCGGCUGGAUUCCUUAACGAGGGUCGAGUCGGAAUCGGAGCACAAAUGAUAGGGAUUGCACAAGGAUGCUUAGACGCGACUAUCCCCUAUACGUUGGAACGAAAACAAUUUGGACAUGAUGUUUUCUCAUUCCAGUCGAUGCAACAUCAAAUAGCUCAAGUUGUAACCGAUCUGGAAUGCGCCAGGUUACUCGUUUAUAACGCGGCUAGAUUAGUGGAUGCUAAAAAAGACGUUAUGAAGGAAGCGGCAAUGGCUAAAUUAGUCGCAUCUGAAACUGCUCUACGUGUUACGGCAAAAUGCAUUGAUUUUAUGGGAGGAGUUGGAUUUACUACAGAUUUUCCACAAGAGAAGUACUUUAGAGUCAAAAUUGGAACCAUUUACGAAGGCACAAGUAACAUGCAACUGUCGACGAUUGCAAAAUGUAUACGUAAGCAAUAUUCCUAAAUGAUAAUAAUCAGUAUAAAUCUUUUUAAAAUUGUGAUGUAUAAAUUGCAUCAUGAAUAUCAUUUUCAAGAUAGUAUACAUGUACCAUUUUAAGAGUAUAUUUUUCUAUUUUUAUAUUAUAAGUCAAUCUCUUAGCAUCGAAAAUAAUACAUCAUAAAAAGCACCCAGUGCUCUAAUGUACACAACCUAUAAUUGUUAAACAUUAAAAUUAAAAAAAUUAUUUAUUGCAAUUGUACAUACAAUUUUAUAUAUUUUUUAAAUAAGAAAAGUGUACAGAGAAAUGAGUUGUAUUUUUUUGGAAAUAAGAGAAUGUAUUGAGAAAUGUGCUGCAUAAAAAAAAAUUCUGAGUUAAUACGAUAAU